AUGUACUCAGACUACAACAUUCCUGGUGCCAUGCCGGCGUCCAUGGCCAUGCCUCCGUUCAAACAGGAGUUUGACUACGCCCAAUACGACCUUAACCAGCCCCUGCCCCCGCAGCAGCAACAACAGCCUAUCGACCUGACCCCUGGAGGGCCCCUCCCCGUCUCGGAUUACUCGACGUCGUCAUACACCCUGGACAACGACUCACAGAAGCGAAAAAUGUCCCCGGGAGAGUCCACCAGUGACGGAGGCGCCGACGACGAGUCUCCAGAAGGAGAUGACGGUGAGGCCGACCCCAAGAAGCCCCGAAAGCCCGGCCGAAAGCCCGAAACCACCAUCCCCGCGUCCAAACGCAAGGCUCAGAACCGGGCUGCCCAAAGGGCCUUCAGAGAGCGAAAGGAAAAGCAUCUGCGCGACCUGGAAACCAAAAUAUCUCAGCUCGAGGGCGAGACGGCAGCCAAAAACUCGGAAAACGAGUUCCUGCGCUUCCAGGUCCAGCGGCUUCAGAACGAGCUCAAGCUUUACCGUGAGAAGCCUGCCGGCACUUCGGGAGCCUCUGGAGUCUCUGGAGCCGGAGCACCCGCUUCAAACGUGCAUUCGGCUCCCAUCCCGGAGAUGUCGUCCAAACCGUUCACGUUCGAGUUCCCCUCGUACAACGUGCCCAAGCCGACCGAUGUGGAGCGAGAGGCACGCGAGCAACUGCAACGAGAGCAGAUCCGAGGCUACUUGCAGCGCAAGCCCUCAUCUGUGGCCUCCGACACCACUUCUCCUGCAUCUCAAACCUCGUGCAACCAGUCUCCCUGCACCAACCCCUCGGCAUACACUUCGCCCCAGAGCCAGAGUGGAAGUGUGAGCCAGCAGAAGCCCCUGUUGGGUGCUACCAUCGCUGCCAUGAACGGCAAGCCCGACCCCCAUGCUGUUGACUUUUGUGCUGAGCUCUCCAAGGCCUGUGUAAACAAGGCCGAGCUGCUGCAGCGAUCCGCCACAGCCAGUGCAUCUCCCACAACCUCCAACACGGUGGUACCGUCCGCAGCUGCACCGGGUAGCACUCAGCAGUCGGCAGGCCAGCCCUCUGUAUCCACUCCUACCUCCUCCACAACUGCCCCUCCUCAAUUGUCUGCAUCUGUCGCUACAGCCGGCUCUGAUCUUCCCGGAUCGGACUUCCUGUUUGACAUGCCCUUCGACAUGGACUUUAUGUCGUACCGAGACCCCGUUUCCGAGACGGCACAUCUGGACGACUUUUCGCUGCCCGAGCUCACGACAGAAACAUCCAUGUUUGAUCCUCUGGACCCCCAUUCCAGCAGCGACGUUAUUUCUGGCAAGCCUCUGUCUACCAUGGGCGCUACACACAGUGGUGUCAACAACGGACAGGGAAGUGGUGCUCCCGAAGUCAAGAAGGAGGAGGAUGAGGACCUGCUCAUGUUCUCCAAGCCCAAGACGCUCAUGAACUGCACCGCUGUGUGGGACCGUAUCACGUCGCAUCCCAAGUUUGGCGAUAUCGACAUCGAGGGCCUGUGUUCGGAGCUGCGAAACAAGGCAAAGUGCAGUGAGAGUGGCGUCGUGUUGACGGAGUUGGACGUGGAUGGUGUCCUGUCAACGUUCCAGUAA